UACAAUACAUAUUCGAGAGAGAGAGAAAAGGAGACAGGGAUGCACACGCAUCCGAUCAGACCCAAGCGGCGCACGCAAAAGCCACAAGAAAGCACACUGUCCAGCCACAGAACUCAUGCCGCGUACCGGCCCCCAAACCGACCUCGACCUGCCCGGACAAGGGGACAACGUUCGUGACCCACCUGCGCACCACCAACACCCGCUCGCGUCGCACCCAACAUGUACGUGGUGCUUACAAGUAGCAACGCCCAAAUCCGCGAAACCAAGCGGCAUCCAACAGUCGCGCUCGCACGCAAUGUCUGACUCCACGGCCGCUGCGGUGAAUAACGCCGACGACGGCGCCGGCGAGGACGAGGUCGUCCACGACUUCGCGCCGCUCCUCCUCGUCUACAAGAGCGGGCGACUCGAGCGGCCCAUCGACAUGCCGCUCGUCCCGCCCGGCCGCGACGCCGCCACGGGCGUCGUGUCCAGGGACGUGACCCUCUCCCCCUCCUCAUUCGUGCGCCUCUACCUCCCGCCCGCCGCCAGCGCGGGCAGGAGGCUCCCCGUGGUCGUCUACUUCCACGGCGGCGGCUUCGUGGUCGGGUCGGCCGCGUCGGGCGCGUACCACCGCUGCCUCAACGACCUCGCCGCCGCCUGCCCCGCCGUCGCCGUCUCCGUCGACUACCGCCUCGCGCCGGAGCACCCGCUCCCCGCCGCGUACGAGGACUCCCUCGCGGCCCUGAAGUGGGCGCUCUCCGCCGCGGACCCCUGGCUCGCCGCGCACGGCGACCCCGCCCGUGUGUUCCUGGCCGGGGACAGCGCGGGCGGCAAUAUCUGCCACCACCUCGCCAUGCACACGGACAUGCGGGACGUUGGCCUGAAGGGCAUCGUGCUCAUCCACCCGUGGUUCUGGGGCAAGGAGCCCAUAGACGGGGAGCCCCGGAGCCCAGCGGAGCAGAAGGGCCUGUGGGAGUUCGUGUGCCCAGGCGCGGUUGACGGCGUGGACGACCCCCGGAUGAACCCGACGGCGGCGGGCGCGCCGGGGCUGGAGAACCUGGCGUGCGGGAAGGUGAUGGUGUGCGUGGCCGAGGGGGACGCUCUGCGGUGGCGCGGGAUGGCGUACGCGGAGGCAGCGGCGCGGGCGAGGGGGCCCGACGAUAGCUUGGAGCUGUUCGAGUCGGAGGGGGUGGCCCACGUGUUCUACCUGUUGGAGCCCGCACUGGAGAAGGCCAAGGAGCUGCUCCGCAGGAUCGCGGCGUUCGUCAGUUCGGAGUGAGCGAGUGCGUGAGUGAGGAAGAAGAAGUGGACGUCGCGCGAAUCACAAGUUUGUUUGCUCUGUUCAGUAUCCCUUGAAGCUGUGCACGUUGUUGCAGAAGGGAGGUUAUAUAAGCAAAUACUCAUAUAGACAUUUUAUUGGGGAUUUUAAAUCUCGCCUCAGUGUUCUAGAGACUCAAUAUCUGAAUUUUGAUGGUACAGA